AUGCCGGAGAUUCUAAAGCACCACCUCCCAGGGCUGCAACGUUCCCCGAACCUGCUGACAGAAAACUUGAUAGGCUCGGUGAUCUCGGAUGUCCCAUCAGGAUCUAGCAACAGCCAACAGGAUGGCCAACGGAAUUCUCGUCGUCCGGCGCCCAUUGGUGGUCCGUUGGUCAGAAAUUCUACCUCGUACACGCUGCAUGAGACCCGGACCGAAUCCAGCGCCAUCGACCCGUUAUCUCAGCACAUAAUUAAGCGUACCAAUACGCAAAAGUCUAUUCCUCUGAAGUUAUUGGGUCGGGCAUCGUACGAGGCCGAUGCCGGGGGCUCGGAGUACAACUUGUCAGACCAUAGUGCGGCUCGGGGAGAUGCGUCAAACUCAAAGCUGCCCAAGGAAAAGAAAAAAGGUGUUUCUUUUCUUAGUCGAAUCAUUGGUACCAAGAAAAAAGAUUCGCUAUCUGAAGCAGAAGAUGAUCACUCGGAAGCAGAAGCCAGUCGCAUGUCCAUCGACACUUCGCAUCCAAUAGGGUUCGUCCCUCGGCACCCGGCCCCAUCCCGCUACAUGAAGGUUCGAGCCCAUUAUAAGAAGGAUAAGACUUUUGACCGUCUGUUCCUGGCACAAGAACUACAGGGCGCGGGCGUGCAGCAGUCUGUCGCAGGAAGACGAGGAUCAACCUCGACGAAUGCCAAUGACGAUACUGGAAGAGCGAUUUGGGCUCUUAGUUUCUCCAAAGAUGGCAAAUAUCUAGCUGCGGCGGGUCAAGAUCGGAAGGUUCGAGUAUGGGCCGUCAUCACCUCACCAGAGGAGCGGGAGCAGGCCACAUUGGCUGGUGAUACUCCAGAGGCGCAACAGCUGAAAUUCAAGGCACCGGUGUUUUCACCGAAACCUGUCAAUGUGUACGAGGGACAUACUGGGAGCAUUUUGGACUUGAGUUGGAGUAAAAACAACUUCCUUCUGUCUUCGUCUAUGGACAAAACCGUCCGAUUAUGGCACGCGAGUCGAACCGAAUGUCUAUGCUGCUUUCAACACAGCGAUUUUGUCACCUCGAUCCAAUUCCAUCCCAAAGAUGAUCGAUUCUUUUUGGCCGGCUCAUUGGACUGCAAGCUACGACUAUGGAGCAUUCCAGACAAGAGUGUGGCGUUUAUGACAACAGUACCGGAUAUGAUCACCGCGGUAGCGUUUACACCAGAUGGCCGGCAGUCAAUGGCAGGAUGUUUGAAUGGCCUACUCAACAUCUAUGACACCGAGGGUCUCAAGGUAUCAGGUCAAAUCCACGUUCGAUCGGCCCGAGGACGAAACUCUAAAGGCAACAAGAUCACCGGAAUUGACACCAUGAUAAUCCCCGAGGAAGAUCCGAAUGGAGAUGUCAAAUUGUUGGUGACUAGCAAUGACUCACGAAUUCGGCUCUACGAUUUCCAACUGCGGACUCUCGAGGCCAAGUUUCGGGGCAAUGAAAACACCUGCAGUCAGAUUCGGGCAUCAUUUACCGAAGAUGGUAAGCAUGUUAUCUGUGGAAGUGAAGACCGCAGAGCCUAUGUCUGGCCCAUUGGAGCGGCUGAAGGAGAUUCCGACAAGCGAGCCGUGGAGGUAUUUGAAACCCAAUCCGCCAUCGUCACUGUGGCUGUGACAGCACCUAUGAAAACGAAGCAGGUUCUUGGGCUAUCCGAAGAUCCGAUCUACGAUAUCUGCAACCCUCCACCUGUGGCUCUCAUGAGCCCCGAAGACUCGCCAGGAACUCCAAAGCAAUCUAGUUCUGACAUUACCAAGAUUGAGCACAAGCACCAACGGUCCUCAUCAGCGCCACGCGUAUCCAUCGUGAAGAAAAUGGCGCAUGAAUCUCCUUCCUACCUGGCCCGGUCAAAGCACCCAGACGGGAGUAUUAUCGUGAUUGCCGACUAUUCUGGCAAGAUCAAGGUCCUCCGACAAGACUGUGCCUAUCAGAAACGUCGCUACGAGAACUGGGAUCAUUCCACCAUCUCUAAGCGGCUUUUACGACGCUCCAACUCCACACACCAUAGCAUCGCCUCCUCAAUGAGCAAAGACUCUGCACACAAAACCCCAUCCGAGCGGAUCGUCUCCUGGCGCAACUCCGUCAUCCGCAAUGGCCGCGCCAGUACAGAGGGAUCCCGCUCCGGUCUUCGUACUCGCAGUCCGUCUCCACAACAUCGACCAGCCGCAUUCCGGCUUUCCUCAUCCCGACCCUCAAGUAUGGGUCCGAAUGAGUCUCUUUCGGUUGUCGCAAAUUCCCCGCCGCCCUCACCUCGUCGAUCCCGAUUAGAUCAUGGCCAUAGCCACCUGGCCGAAGACUCCAAUGAGCCAAACGAACGGUCACCCGACUCGCGCAAACUACCCCCCACAGCAGCUGAGAUGGUGGCCAGUGGCAAGGGCAAAGAAAAUCCACUUUGGUUGCAAGGAGAUCACAGCUAUGCAUACUGGAACAAGAUUACACACGAUGCAUUGGCGGCCAAAUCCCGCCAGGCAAAAGAUUUCCUAAGUCCUAGUCGCAUCCCCUCCGGCAGCGAUCGUAAGUUAAGUGUAUCUGGCAGUGUUCUCAGCAGCGAUUAUGGAUCCUCCAUGGGCGAGACUGAUGAAGAUAUUCUGAAAUGUGAGCAUUGCCGUGGUACUAACUUCCGUGGGGUCAAAGACCGGGGUGGGAAGCAGAAGUUGAUUUGCGUUCAAUGCAAUCGCUCUGUUUCCUAA